AUGGCGAUCGGUCCCGCGGGGACCAAGCAAGCGUCAGACUUUGCCGGCUAUCUGCGGGACCGCAUCAGAGCUGUAGACAACCCUCGGAUAUGUGACGGUGCGCCGCUGCUGACCAUCACUACGGCCAUUUCUGAUCCAUCAGCCUACGUCAAGUCUCCAUCCUACGGUUUGGAUUCACAUCCGGAGAUAUGCUAUUACAUGAAUGUCGGACGAGAGAAUGAGGUUACUAUUAUGAGCAAUGCGUCUAGCCUGGCCCAUGGAGACCUCGCUGAUUAUACGAGCUAUUGGUAUGCUGAGAAUGGCGACUAUCAGCACGGUGACCCUGUAACCAAUGGCUUAGAGUACUACAAUAGUCUUCAGUUCCCUCCCCUCAUGGGCACUUGGAUGGACUAUCGUAGAGGAUCAGACGUGCCUGUCUCUGCACUCUAUCCUAUGCCUUAUCCAACUUACAACGAAAGAGCUUCUGGUAGCACUAUGAAGCUUCUGGCUGGGUUUGUAGGAGCUCUUUUGUUCACUUUCUCGGCCUUCUCGGUUACACGGAAGCUCAUUUCGGAGAGACGUGGCCGCUUACGCGAAGGUAUGCGUAUCAUGGGUCUCUAUGACUUCCCUUACAACUUUUCUUGGUAUGUUUGGUAUUUUGUAUUCUACUUAGUCAUCGCUAUCAUAGUAGCCCUCUUGUCUUUGGCGAUACUCUCACCUUUUGGAGCUUUAUGGUUGUUCCUUUUAACAUUUCUCUAUUUCUUCGCCUCGAUGGCCUUCGUUUUUGCUCUCUCGACGUUAUUUGAGUAUCCCAACUCGGGUGCGACUCUUAGUGCCGUCAUAUACUACAUACUAUCAUAUGCCCUCAUUGCGGUCCACAGAGAGACAAGUAAAUGGGCCGUCUCGCUACUGCCGCAAUGUGCCUACAUACUCGUCAUGCGCAACCUAGGUCAGCAGGUUUUCCUUGGUCUGCCCAAUACCUCACCCACUUUGAAGUUCGAAGAGUUCAACCUCAUACAAGGCCUUAUAAUGCUUCUGGUCGAUAGUGUACUGUAUACUCUCGUCUACCUCUACCUAGAUCAAGUCGUUCCUCAUGAAUACCGCUCGACCAGGAGUGUUCAUUUCUUGUUCACCCGCUCCUUCUGGAGAGAGAUGCGGGGGCAGAAUAUCUCGGAUACUCACGAGAAGGCAUCGGAAGUAUCUGGAGCGUACCAGAAGGAGCUUAAGAAGGAACAAGCGACUGUAGAGAUAAACGACCUCAAGGUGCCUGCAAUGUGCUCAUCACUCUGUUCAUCUUCGCGAGCUCCACUUCAGGUAUGGUUCAAAUCCGUACAUGCAGUGGACGGUCUAGAUCUCACUAUGUAUCGAGAUGAGCUAUUCGUCCUCCUUGGUCACAACGGUGCUGGCAAGUCUACGACCAUCAAUGCCCUCAGCGGAAUGAUAGUUCCGAGCAGUGGGGACGUGAGCAUCUAUGGUCAUAAAGUUCCAAUAGAGAUGCCGCUGAUUCGGCGUAGUAUGGGCGUCUGCCCCCAACAUGAUGUCCUGUGGGAUGACCUCACCGUCGAGGAACACUUCAAUCUCUUCGCCAAUCUUCGUGGUUUGAGCCGUGAUGAGAAAGCCUUGAAAUUCGCGACUGAGAUGGAACUCGGUCAUAAGUUCGGAGCACGAGUAAAGACAUUGUCAGGCGGCAUGAAGAGGAAACUAUCGGUUGGGUUGGCCUUCGUUGGCGACUCGAAGUUGGUCAUAUUGGAUGAGCCGAGCAGCGGUAUGGACCCGAGUGCCCGGCGUAGAAUGUGGGAUUUCCUGAGAUCAAAACGUGAAGGAAGAAUCCUCUGCAUCACUACGCACUACAUGGACGAGGCGGAUGUGUUAGCAGAUCGAGUUGGUAUAAUGGAGAAUGGUAAACUGACGGCCUAUGGCACCACCAGCUUCCUCAAGCAGCAAUUUGGUGCCGGCUAUACACUCAGCAUCGCCAAGAAGGACUCCACUACACCUGAUGAUCCUCUUAUCGAUGCUGUCCGGGAGAAUACCGACGACCCGUCCUCCGUGCGUGUACGGUCAAGUGCUGGUCAGGAACUCGCCCUGCAGGUCCCUUAUAGCUGUGCUUCGAGCUUCCCCAAGAUUUUCGAAGCUCUCGAUAAUUGCAAGUCCACCAAUCAGAUCACCUCCUACGGUAUAUCCAUAUCAAGCAUGGAAGACGUCUUCCUCAACGUUGCUCGGCGGUCUCCCUCUCGAUCCGAGUCUGCGACCAAGUUCCCCGACAAGACCGACUAUGACAUCAAGCUGAAACCGAGCUUCCACCAGCAGGUCCGUGGUUUGCUGACAAGAAGGAUCGUAUAUGCUUAUCGGAAUUGGGUAGGCUCCCUCGCUGCCUUACUCAUACCAAUGGUGAUUCUCUUGGUUCUGUUGGGCUUCCAGAGGGCGGCAUCGACAAUUGGGGAUGCCGCCCCCCUGACGUUGGCUGCCGCGUCCAACCCUUAUGGUGCGGGACCGAGUGGCCACAUAGUGGCAACGUGGAACACGUCGGAUCCUUUCAAGGUUGAUGUUGUCACAAACGGUCAGCCACUACCGAGCAUUGACGCCUCUCUUCCCCUCACCGAUGCCGAAUCGAGUGCUUGUUCUCUCCUGAAGCCUUAUAGGGCCAUAUCUUAUGACCCGAACGCAUUGCUCAACUCGACACUCAACAAUACUCUGUGCGCGGGUAUUCUGAGGUUCUCGGCCUCUCUACUCGACAAGGAUACUGCAUGGUUCGAAGCCACUACCGUGGGCGUUACCUCGCGGUUCGUUUUCGCUGACAUGACUGCUCUUCAUAUGACACCACUCUCCUUAGCUGGCAAUGAAUCCCUUACGGUCGUCAACCACCCCUUCCCGCAUACUAUCGGGGAGUCUUCCGGGUCGAACCAGAACUUCGCAAUCUCCUUCUCGGUGGGCGGCUUCUACGCCAUUGCCCUCACGGUUGUGGCCGCUUCCCUCCUGUCCUACAUGAUGAUGGAGAAAACGCUCAAAAUUAAGGAGCAGUUGUAUGUUAGUGGUUGCGGAGUGCUGCCGUAUUGGACAGCAAGCUGGGUUUUCGACUUCAUCUUCACUUUCUUCUCCGUCUGUCUCACCUUCAUCCCGUUACAGGUCUACAAAAUCGAGACUUAUCUUGAAGCGGAUAACCAGGCUGCAGUAUGGGCCUUGUUGGUUGGCUUCUGCUUCGCUACACCGCCAUUCAAUUACCUCAUCAGUGUUUUUGCACGCACAAGCACCAUCGCCACAUAUAUGAGGGUGGCCGCAUCAAUACUCGGUGGUUUGGUUGGCUCAUUCGCGGUAUCAGUUCUCUUCUUUGCGGCUGUUUCUCCAUUGGCUGGCCUGAUCAUAAUGUGGAUUUUGAGGAUAUUCCCAACCUAUUCAGUGGCUCAAGGUCUCAUCAGUAUUUUCUUUACUGGUAUUCUUGGAUCUAAUGUCUACGGAUCCGAUCUGAAGCCGUUCGACUCGCAGAUCUUGAGGACCUGCCAUGAUGUAACUAUAUUCGACAUCAACGGCUCGCCCUUCGAAGUCUGCAUGUUCGUUGCUGGCGAUGAUGUUAUAAUGUUAUUCGUCUAUGGAGCGGUAUAUUUCGGCCUUCUGCUGCUAAUCGACUAUAUGAAAAGCGACGAUAAGUGGAAUCCUGACCGUGAUCUGUCUGUACCCUCGGAGAAGCUUGGUGUAGAGGAUGAGAGAGUGAUAGCGGAGAAGGACAGAGUAUCGAAGCUCGAUCCUACGACUCAAAUGAUCUACUUCAAGGAUCUCAAGAAAGUCUUCUAUCCGGGAAAGAAAAAUGAGGUAUGGGCAGUGAGGGGUAUCAAUUACGCUUUAGCUGACGGCGGAGUGUUCGGCCUACUCGGAGUUAAUGGUGCCGGCAAGACCACUACCUUCAGAAUGCUUUGCGGUUUGAUAAGACCAAGUUCUGGUCAUAUCAGUCUCAUUGGUCAGCCCCUCCGAGGCAAUGUGCACGAGAUCCGCAAGUCCAUAGGAUAUUGCCCGCAAGAGAACCCCUUGUUGCAAGGCCUUACUGCAAGAGAUCAUCUUUAUAUGUAUGCUCGUAUACGUGGGGUACCAUCUGAUAAGAUUCCACACCACGUCGAAGACCUCGUGAAGAUAUUGAGGCUUGAGCACUACAUCGACAAGGAGGCAGUGAAACUCUCCGGAGGCAAUCAGAGGAAGCUGUGCGCUGGUAUAGCGCUCGUGGGCCAUCCAUCUAUUGUAUUCUUGGACGAGCCCACGACUGGGGUCGAUCCCGAAGCUCGGAGGCGUAUCUGGGAUAUGAUCCACAAGAUAGCACAUGAUCGCCAUAAGACGUCUGCAGUCAUACUCACAACUCACAGUAUGGAAGAGGCAGAUGCUCUAUGCGAGACCAUGGUCAUCCAGGCGAAUGGACAAUUCCGCUGUCUAGGAACAUCCCAGCAGAUCAAGUCAGACUACGGCCGUAACUACAGGCUAUGGAUACACUUUCGUGAAGCCUCUGACGAUGAGAAGGAGCAGAAUUUGCAGCAACUUCUAGCAUAUGACGACAUCACAAUGGCUACUAUUCGUGAUGGCUAUGUUAUUCUUUCGGACACUGACUUAGAAUCUCGACUCUCGAAGUUGGGCAUCGAGGGCUGUCGUUUAGUCGAUAGCGUGCUCACUGCUGGAACUCUGGACGGAACACUCAACCGUACCUUCAAUCGGGGUGCUCUGGCAUCUGCCGUCGUCCGAGCUCUUCAGCAUAUGAAGGCUCUAAGGUGGCUCAUGAUCAAUGUCUCCUCCGAGUGUCAAACCUUGGAGGAAGUUGGCGAAUUUGCGCUUCCGCGCGAUCUCGACUUGGGAUUCAUCUUUUCGAAGCUUUCGCCUGCACACGUCCAGGCAGAGCUAGAAAUGCAUGAUUUCCAGCUCUCCCAGACGACGCUCGAGCAGAUCUUUAACAGGAUCGCCCAUGACGAAGCUCAUCCUAUCCAGAGAGAACUAUAG